CCCGAGUCAGACGGGGACGGAGCAGACAGAGCCAAGUAAAACAGCACCACCAGCUCUGCACCGCCGUGGGGCCGUCUCCCUCCGCCGCCGGAGCUGUAGCACCGCCGAACUCGACUCGAGCCUAGCGAGAAAACCAUUUUGUUUGCCGAGAGCAGCAACGGCAAUUGGGUCUACCAGAGGCAGAGGGGAUAUGAUCAAGGUACAGGCCCCGGAGCUGUACAGAGACAGCGGCGCGUUCGAGGCGAGGAAGAGGCAGUCGCUCAGGGCGCGGUACGUCUACGGGCUCAUCUUCUUCGCCACCAACCUGCUGGCCUGGUUCAUCAGGGACUACGGGGCCAAGCUGCUCGGCGGACUGCACCAUAUCCCGGUCUGUGGAGCAGGGGACUCGAAAUGCUUCCGUUCUGGAGGGGUGCUCCGGGUUAGCCUGGGUUGCUUUAUAUUUUUCUGGGUGAUGUUUGCCACAACAUUUGGAACACGCAAGCUCCAGGGAGUUCGUAAUUCGUGGCAUUCUGGAUGCUGGGCUCUCAAGUUUCUUGUGUAUGCCGUGUCAAUCGUCACCCCGUUUAUCAUCCCUAACAUCUUCAUCCAGCUCUAUGGUGAAAUUGCUCGAAUGGGUGCUGGGAUAUUUCUCAUUCUGCAGCUUAUAAGCAUGCUCCACCUCAUAUCAUGGUGCAAUAAACGUUGGAUGCCAGAUGCUGGAUCAAAUCAAUGCGGCCUGUUCGGAUUGUUCUUGUCAACUGUCUCCUUCAUUGCCUCAUUUGCCGGAAUCCUUGUGCUAUAUAUUCUGUACGUUCCAAACUCAUCAUGUGUGUUCAACAUCUUCACUAUUAUAUGGACGGCAGUCCUAGUGAAGAUAAUGAUGGCGGUGUCACUACACUCAAAGGUUAAUGAGGGUCUUCUAUCUUCUGGAAUAAUGGGCUCAUAUAUUGUGUUCCUCUGUUGGUCUGCACUACACAGCGAACCACGAACUGGAAAGUGCUACACUGAGAUGAAAAUUGGCAAGGAUGGUAAUUGGGCUACUAUAAUUAGCUUCAUUAUUGCAAUUUGCUCCAUUGUGUCGGCCACAUUUUCUACUGGAAUCGAUAACAGAUCCUUUCAAUUUCGAAGCGAUGAGAUCCGGUUGGAAGAGGAUGUCCCCUACAGCUACGAGAUUUUCCACAUUGUGUUUGCGGUGGGGGCUAUGUAUUUUGCAAUGCUAUUCAUAAGCUGGGAGCUUAACCAUCCAAUAACAAGAAAGGGGAGCAUAGAUGUUGGAUGGGCAAGCACAUGGGUAAAGAUCAUGAAUGAAUGGCUGGCAUUUUUCAUAUACGUUUGGAGACUGAUCUCCCCAGCUCUGUCAAGGAAACGACCUGCCAACGAUGAAGAGUCCGCCUCCACAAUAUAGUAUUGACAAUAGCUAAUUAUUCCUGACCAAUUUUUUUGUAAGUCAAUUCAUAUCUUAUGCAUAUAUACAACAAAAAAUGUUCAGGUGUAUUCUGUAUGUAUUACAGCCACACUAUAUCCCGCAAAAAAAUGCACACUAGUGUGAAGUUUUGUACAAGUACUCAGACGUGGCCUGUGACUCCAUCCAACUGCUCCCGAAGUCAAUUUCUUAUUUCAAUGAAUAUUUAAAGAGUAUAUUUGUAAAAUGUUCU